GAAAGUGGGUGUCGCUGUGCACGCUGCUGGAGGAGCUUCAGAGCGAUGUGUCGAGGACUUUAAACACACUGUGUCAUACAGUGGUGAACGGAGGGAGAUCGCGGAGUACUGGAUCGUGUACUGCAACACUUCUGAUGCAAUGAGUCCGACCGUUCCCUUCCUGUUCCAAAGUGUCUGACGAUUCACUUUCCGCGCGCGAUGCACUGACUGCCGUGUGUUUAUAUAUGGAGACACCCUAAAAAAAAACAGUCAACCGGGAAAUGGUAACACAUGAACCUCCUCACUGGAAGGAACAUGGUUGAGAGGAGCAGUAAAUUUCUGUUCAUCGUUGUCGGCUCGGUUCUGUUCAUGCUGAUUUUGUAUCAGUACGUGGCUCCGGGGAUGAUGAACUUCGGCUCUCCGCACGGGUACAUGCUGGAAGACGAUGCGGAUCUCUUCCCAACUCCUGAUCCACAUUACGUGAAGAAAUACUAUUUCCCCAUCAGGGAUCUGGAGCGGACUGUGGAUUUUGAAAUCAAAGGGGAAGAUGUGAUCGUGUUCCUCCACAUCCAGAAGACCGGCGGCACCACGUUCGGGAGGCACCUGGUCCAGAAUGUCAGGCUGGAGGUUCCGUGCGACUGUAGACCGGGACAGAAAAAGUGUACCUGUUACCGACCCAAUAGGAAAGAGACCUGGCUCUUCUCUCGGUUCUCCACCGGAUGGAGUUGUGGCUUACACGCGGACUGGACCGAACUAACCAACUGCGUACCAGGGGUUUUGAACAAAAAGGAGAACAGGAUGAAAAACCAAAGGAAGUUCUACUACAUUACCCUGUUACGGGACCCUGUGUCUCGGUACCUAAGCGAGUGGAGACACGUCCAGCGCGGGGCCACGUGGAAAACCUCCCUGCACAUGUGCGACGGGCGAACGCCAACACCAGAGGAGCUGCCCCCCUGCUACGAGGGCACCGAUUGGUCGGGCUGCACAUUACAACAGUUCAUGGACUGUCCGUACAACCUGGCGAAUAACCGACAGGUGCGCAUGCUGGCCGACCUCAGCCUGGUGGGCUGCUACAACAUGUCCUUCAUCCCGGAGAAGAAGCGCGCGCAGGUGCUGCUCGAGUCGGCCAAGAAGAACCUACGAGACAUGGCCUUCUUCGGCUUGACCGAGUUCCAGCGCAAAACGCAGUACUUGUUCGAACGGACCUUCCGCCUCAAGUUCAUCCGGCCCUUCAUGCAGUACAACAGCACGCGGGCCGCCGGUGUGGACCUGGACAACGACACGGUGCAGCGGAUCGAGGAGCUCAACGACCUGGACAUGCAGUUGUACGACUACGCUAGGGAUCUUUUUCAGCAGCGCUACAUGUACAAGCGACAACUCGAGCGAAGAGAGCAGCGCCUAAAGAACCACCCCUCCCUCUUCCCCUUUCGUCGCGGGUCCAGCUCCGAUCCUGCUUUCAGGGAUGACGUGCCGGAGUCCGAGGCGUCCCGAUUACCCACGGAGGACUACAUGAAUCACAUCAUCAACCGCUGGUAGCAGUGCUGGGGGGAGGGGGACGGAAAAUACAGGUUGACGAGGAGGAAAAGGCUGCGAUCCCCAGGUCAAAUCAAGCGGGAGAGGAGCACGCCAAACGAGAAAGAGACAGAACUUUAGCGCCACCAUCAAAUACGGCCCUCCCCCCUUCUGUUGUGCUCCAGAAAAUCCUGCGGACAUCUCUGAGAGGAAGGACUCAAAAUGCGGGAUUCUCUUCAUCGCUACUGCGAAGACUUUGCGUGUCAGUUUAGAAAUGACUGACUAACUUAAAGCACUGAGCCUGAACUUAAAACUAAGAGGUGAACACUUCUACAGGCAUAUUCGCCCAAGGAAGGGAGAAGAAAACAUACGUAAAAAUUAUCGGAAUUAUAUUCACUGCAGAUGUUAAAAGAAUGAAUCGAAUGAAAUUGUAUAGAGGUAUUUGCUUAAAUGUCUGCUGCCAUUUCAGCCAUGAAUUUGUGAGGAUGAUGGUCUGUCUCUUUAUUUUCUAGUUUGUUAUGGUCCUGUUUCUUUUAAUUAUUUUUAAAAGGGAUUUUUCUUCCCUCAAAGAGGUAAAACUCACAGCACUGAGACCAACAGAGCUGCCUAACACUUAUUGGAUGCAAUUUAUUAGCUUUUCAUAAUCAGUGAUGACUUGAAAAGGUGUGUUCUGUAGUCCUUUUUCUUGUGUAUUUGCACGUCAGUUGCAAAUUUCGACGGGCAGACAAAGCGUGGACCAUAGCCAUUAUUUAAGCUUUCAGCAUACUGUAUGCGAAACUCCCGUGAGCUAAGUGUACUAAUAUAACCUUACCGAAUGUUAGAGGUGUUUCGUUUGUCUGAUCUGACAGAUGUCUUGCGUGAUGUUAUUGGCCCAGACAAAUUCUAAGUUGUCAUCAGCACCCAAUUUCUUGGUAGCCGAAGCGGGAACCUGGUGGAGAUCCAAAAAGGAAACUGUGUCUUAUUUUACACUUGGUAAGAAUGGGCUCUGCGUUUCUAAGUGAAGUCGUGGACUCUAAAUGUUAUUGACUCGGUAAUGACACCUAUGUGUCAGUCAAUAACAGGAGCAUCGUACAGUUUGUGUGUAACUGAGUGUGAAAGACAGAGCUUGUGAAACGCAAGAGCAGAAUGAAGAAGCAGCAAACGCAGCCUUUGUAAAUGUCACCACCAUUCCCAAUUCCCAGAGACUACUCAUUAUUCAGUAUGCGGGUGGAUGGAGGAUGACUGUGUGUGUUUGAGAUUCUGAGCAGGAUGACUGUUUUAAGUAUGCAAGCAUGUUUGGGUGCUAUGAAUGUGUGCGUUUCAUGACCAAUCUCAUGCCAUGGUCCUCAGGGACUAAAGCUAUUGCCAGUAAGGGGGCAAGAAUGAUGUCACAUGUCUCCCCUUAUGCAAAUCUUUGAGUUGUUUGUUGUUAAAGGUAUAGUUUGCACAGAAAAAUUACCAUUCCCUCAUUAUUUACUCACUCCUAAUCCAUGUAACCUUCAAAGGAGAUGUUGUGCAGAAUGUUCAAGCUGCUCUUUUUCAAGCUAUGAAGGUGAAUAGGGACGGGAGCUGUGAAGCACCAAAACUAUAUUUAAAUUCGCUUUAUUUAAAGUAUUCAUUCAGUAUACAGUAUAGAACAGCAAGAACAUUCUGCAUAGUUUUUCCUUUUAUGUUCCACUGAAAAAAGAAAGAUAUAGUGAUUUGAGUAAAUAAUGACAGAAUUGUCAUUUUGGGGUAAACCGUUCCUUUAAGUUGACGACUACGCAGCAACUUCAGAGUAAACUGUAUGUGAAUAAUGUAUCAGGAAGAAUUACCCCACUGGAAAUGUGUCCUUUCUGUUUAACUGACUCUUAAGGUGUUAUGAGGGACGUUUUGACUUUACUUAAUGCUCUGCGAUGGGAAUUUGUUUUCUCAGUAACCAUAAAGACAGACUACUCUUCACUUACUGCAUAUUUAACCAAACCUAGAGUGUUGUUAUGUUAUUCAGGAACAAAUGUCUUCUCAUGAACGAUCCGCAUAAUACAUGUACGAUCUUUAUGAAGGCAGCCCUUUUAUUAAUAUGUGAUGCUGUCAUUCUCUUCAGUUGAUAUGCUCUUAAAGGAAACCCAGAGUGGGUUGUAGUAAUUGUUGGUCUCAUUGCAAAAUAGUACAGUGACCAAAUGUUUCUCAGUCUUAAUUCCACAAUGGCAUCCAGGCAAUCAGAAUAGAGUACUGGUGUGCUUUAAAAAUGGUCACUGCAUCCGACUGUCAAAUGUUAGGCCAGAAACAUACUCUACAGUCAAAAAUCAAGAGGGCGACAGAGUCACCUUCAGAUGUCUGUGCCAUUAAAUAUUUUUUAUUCAGGUAACUAGCUAUAGAUGGUUUAACUUUUACUAGAUUCUCUUCAAAUGGUUGCUUAGCCAUGACGCUAGUUGACCCGAAAGAGAUAACUAUGCUAAAGCCUGCUAUAGCGCCCCUUGUGGCAAUGCUAAGAAUGCAACACACAUCUGAGUUGCAUUAUCAAUUGUAUUCUGACUGUUUUUAGAACAGUCUCUAAAAUGAAGCUAGAGGCAUUUGCCUUCACCUACUCCUCUAGAGUAUGUUUCUGGACUCAUGUGAGUCUAGCAAAUUGACUUCAACUCUUAAUUAGAGAAUGUGUGUUUGUAAGCGUGCGAGAGCAGCACUAGCGAAUCCCUGAGCUCUGCUCCCGGGUGCAUUUAUUCAUCACAUCCAGUUCAUCUGCUCUGGGUAUUUUUCUCAUCAUUUCAACAAUGGAUCGUCAAAAACACCAUUAAAAAAAUAUUUCAUUUUUAUAUAAACACG